AUGGCCUCAUGGAAUGUUUUCCAUCUAGGCCUCAUUCUGUUCAGUCUGGUAUUUGCUGUCCUUGCCGAUGAUGACAAUCUCUGGAUCUAUCCAACCGAGCCCGGCCCCUCGAACAACUUUGUGGCCAACCCGACUUUCACACUUGGCUCGAAGCAGACUAUCGAAUGGACCACUACCCUCAAUUCCUACUCUAUCGCGCUAUUCCAACAGCAGAUAGACCUUGAGUCCGGGAUUGAAAUUGAGACAAUUUACCAGAGUAGCCGCAACGGCUCAGGAGACAAGUCCUUCAAAUGGACAGUUCAGACGUACGACGCAAAUCGGACACUAUCGCCCGUUUACUUCUUCUGGAUCAACCCGGGCAGCUCCGCUGGUUUCACCUCUCACUAUUUCAAUAUCACCAAAGAUGACACUGCAAACGCUGUAGCCUUGUCUUCGGUAGCCACUUCGUCGUCAACAACCUCUCAACCCACUACUUCCAGCCCCAGCACCACAACACCAAGCAGCGCAAGCAGCGCAAGCAGCACAAGCAGCACAAGCAUCACCCCCACCAGCACAUUUAUCACGUCCGCGAGACCAGCAGCAACAACAACAACCCCUGCUUCCACCAUCAUCCCAGCUAUCUUCAACAAAUCCACAUCCGACUACCCCGACGCCUCGGUCAUAAAAGUUGCCUUGGGCGUAGGGCUCGGGCUGGGCAUCCCACUGGUGCUCAUCGCCGGCAUCUGGAUCGGGCUCAAAGCCGUGCAGCAGCGACGAGCAGCGUCGUUGUCGUUAUCGUCGCGCAACAGUGACCACCCCAACGACCGUGAAGCCAUCAAUCCGCAGCAGCGAGGCUGGCAAAUGAACCCGCUACCUGGAGGAGGACGAACGGACCAGAAGAGGAUAACGCCGGUCGUCGAGGCACCGUACUUUCAGCGCGUGGCUGAGGUGGACGGCCCCUGGUUGGCGCAUGGGAGAGUGUAUGGGAGGAUGCAUGAGGCGCCUGGUGACUUGCCGCCGCGCGUUGAGCUGGACGCCGGGCAUCACAGGUGGAUAUGA